AUGGUUGUCAAAGUAUACAUAAGCGGUAUUUCCGGAAACAAGGAGGUGAAAAAGAGGCAACAGCGAGUUUUGAUGAUACUUGAUUCGAAAAAUAUAACAUAUGAGAUCAUUGACAUUACGGAACCUGGUAAGGAAGUCGAUAAGGACUUUAUGCAAAAUAAUGCCAAGUCCAACGGAGGCACUGUGAGCGAUCCAAAUCCACGCUCUCCACUACCUCCACAGUUAUUUAAUGAUGAAGAAUACUGCGGGGAUUAUGAUCAAUUUGAUUUGGCAAAUGAAAUUGAUACACUAGAGCAGUUUCUAAAAUUGGAACUUCCACCAGAGGACCCACCACAAGCUGAUAAGGUGAAUGCAGUUAAUGGUGAUAUAGAUGGAGAUAAGGACAGCAAACAAUCAAAAGAGAACUCCCAAGAGAAAGAAACAAUUGUUUCCAAUGAAAAUGGUGAAAAGGAGCCUUCACCUGCUAAAGAAGGCUCUCUUCCAAAACAGAGUUUACCCUCGAGAGAAGCUUCACCAGUUAAGGAAGAAACUUCUAAUGAAGCACCAACAUUAGAUAAAAGUCCUGAAGAUAAUAUUGAAGUUGAAGCAGAUUCUACAGUGAAUGAAUCUUCUCAAGAAAAAGAGAAAUCACCUGAGAGGCAAAAGUCUGUUGAUAAAAAUCAAUCACCUGUAAGAGAAGAAGCACAUAAACUGGCAGAAAACGAAGAGGUCAUAAAUGGUGCAGUUAGCUCUCGUGAGCAAUCUGAAGAGAAAGAUGAAGAACAAACAGCGUCGUGCACCGCGCUGGCGCUGGCGUUGGCGCGGUGGCCCGCCUGGCUGCUGGCCGGCCUCGCCGCCUGUACACUCGGCGCCGCACGCGACCUGCCCGCGCUGCGGAGGGUACUCGACGCGUGCGCCCUCUCGUGGCGGCGCACGGAA